AUGCAGGAUAAGCUGGGGAAGGGUUCUCGUAAGCCUCGGGAUAGGAUCAUCACUGAUGCAGCGUUCGACUACUGCAUUCAAGAGCUGCGUGGAAAGGCAAGGUACUUCGAGAAGUCAGGUCUCAUCCCUACUCUUGAUGGACCCGGCAACAUGAUCAUCAAGUCAGACUCGCUCGUCGACAAGAGUCUUCACCGUGAUCUCAACAAAGCGUGCUACACGCUUUUGAAGGAUCAAGAAGGCAACGCCGAUUGGCACCCGCGAAACCGUUCACCGUUCAUCCAGGAAGAAGUGGUCGGUGUAUCGAACGCACUCGACUUCAUGGGCGAAGGCAAGCCCAUUGGCUCAGAGUACUGGUCCGAUAAAUACCAGUGGUUGCCUGCCAACGUUAGAUUUCGCGAAGAUGGCAGUGCUGAGUUCACAAGCUACGUGAACAAUCUUCACCCCACAAAGUUUCCUGAUAUCUACAGGACUAUUGAGAGAUUGGUUGAUAGGGUGAUCCCUGCUUGGGAUCAUUGUUACUGGAGUGACGAAAAAGAUGACUUAUGGACGCCAGAGUUCAAUGUGGGAGAAUUUCUUCAUAAAGACGUCGAGCUCACGCAUCAAGAACUACGUGACUUGGAAGAAGAGUGUUACCAUGAAUCAGAGGACCCAGUGGAAAUCGACGAAGAUGAGGAUCAGCGAAGAAUGAACGAGGGACUCCCUCCUCUCACACCUAAUGUCGAUGAUGAGACCAUGGCUGAAGUAAAAUGGCUCAAGUACCGCGAUGCUAUACUCCCUGACCCAAAGCCCUUUGAAGAAGUUGACUACGCGCCAAAGCAGAGCUUACGGGAGAAGUUCAAGAAAAUGGUUUACAAUUCAUUGUCAAGAUGGCGAGUAUUGAAUCCACGCCUGAGAAGCCCGAGUUCCCCGCUGGAAGUUGGCAUGUAA